AUGUUUCUGUUCAUUUCAGCGUUCUACAAUCGGCCUAAAUUCAUAUGUCAGACUGAUUGGGUGUACAGCCACGACUUUAUACCACCUGCAUGUCCUUCUGGUGGAUCUGAGUUAGAAGAUAUUUUUAUCGAUACCGAUAAUCAGGUCUAUGUAUGUGGCUGUACAAAUAUUCUGAUGACGACAUUAUGGUCGUUUACAAAUCCACCACCAUUGAAACCACUAUCUUGGUACCCAUUCAACGGAUGGUUUUGGCAACGUCCUUCGAAGAAACCAAAAAGUCUUUUUGUCACGUCUGAUGGUACCAUUUAUAUUGAUAAUGGUGCUUUAGGUACCAUUGAUACAUGGUCACCAGGUGAACUCUUUAAUUCAAUCGACCUGUCAUCUCGUCAGUCUUGUUACGGGCUAUUUGUUGAUACUAAUGAUACAAUUUACUGUUCUAUGAGAGAUUCUCAUACAAUUAUGAAGAGAUCACUCAGAAUUAAUUCUAGUUCAUGGACAGCAGCUGUCGUAAAUGUUGAACAAAUAUCAACACCAAGACCAGGAUCAGGAGACGGAUCUGGAGGAGGAUCUGGGGGAGGAUUUUUAGGAGGAGUUGUGGAAGGUUUUUUAGAAGGACUUGCGGGAGGACUUGGGGGACGGCCUGGAGGAGGAUUUGGGGGAGGACCCGGGGGAGUAUUUGGGGGAGUAUUUGGAGGAGGAUUUGGGGGAGGGCCUGGAGGAGGAUUUGGGGGAGGACCUAAUGGAGGAAAACCUAGAUCAACAACAACACCAAAACCCAAACCAAAUGAGCUCAAAAGUCCUCACGGGAUCUUUGUUAACGACAACUUUGAUUUGUAUGUGGCAGAUUAUGGGAAUGACAGAAUUUUACUUUUUAAAUCUGGACAAACAAGUGAGGAAACGAUAGUAUCUACGGAAAAAAUAUCCGAUUGCAAGAUUCAACAACCGACAGAUAUUACACUGGAUGCUGAAAAUAAUUUAUAUGUUGUAGACAGCAAAAAUAAUCGAAUCAUAUUUGUCAACUCAAAUUUUACUCGGUGUCGAUAUUUAAUCAAGCAUUCUGAAAAACCAGAUUUCUUUGGAAGAAUUAAAGUAUCAAAACUAGAUAGUAUUAGCUUCGAUCGAUCUGGAAAUAUGUUUAUUAGUAAUCAAAACAGAAAGAAAAUUCUAAAAUUUACUCCCAAAUUGAAAAACUGUGUUGAAAACGCAACGGAAUAUAUAACAGUAACAUAUGGUCCACCUCCAAAAGAAUAUACAGAUUUAGAUACGCAGCCCGUAUCUUAUUUCGUUGCACCGAACUGUUCCGAUUCAAAUGUAAUUGGACUUUCUUGUAAUAUUUCAUCUCAACCAUGCGAUAUUUAUAAACCUUGUCAAAGUCGUGGUAUUUGUACGAAUAAUUUAACAUAUCCUCUUGGUUAUACAUGUCUAUGUCAACCUGAUUUUAGUGGCACGAAUUGUGAAACCAAUAUUCAACCAUGUCAAUUAAAUACUUGUUUACAUGACGGUAACUGCACCAAUGUUAAUAGCACACACUUUUUCUGCAAUUGUACAAAUGGACGCACUGGUAUCCAUUGUGAAAGUAUUGUUAACUAUUGUCAUAAUGUUACUUGUCUUAACAAGGGUAUUUGUCAACCAUUACUUCUUGAUUAUGAAUGUAGAUGUAUAUCGGAUAUUUUCUCGGGGCGUUACUGUCAAAAUGUAGCACAAAGUCUAAUUGUUCGCCAGUUCGUUUCAAAAACAUUUGGUUAUAUUGCUAUUAUUGCUAUAUCAGUAGUUGUUGGUUUUGUCGUUAUAAUGGAUAUUUUAAAAUAUGGAUUUGGUAUUGAUCCAGUUUGUAAAGAACGUGAUCUUCUUCGACGUCGCAGAUCUCGAUUUAGACAAAGCAAUCGUCCAAAACAAAAUCUUAAAAACAAACUUUAUUUGCGACAUUUGAGUUAA